CUGUUUCACCAACUACUGUUUCAGUGGGCAGAGAAAUAUCAUCCUGCUCAGAUGCUAUUCUACGCACAACGUGGGGCCAUUUUACGUUUUUGAAGGAUAACGAUUAACCACUUUUUUCCUGAAUAUGUAGUUGGUAAAGCUGAGGUUUUGGAUGCUGGAAAACAAAGAGGGAGUAAAACUACAGUUCUGUUUAAGGAGUAUUUUCUCUUUUACCUGGUUAUUUAUUUUUGUAUCAACUUUUUUUUAUCAACAAAAAUAACUAACAUUGAGAUUGCUUGUUAGAUUGUUUGUUAGAUUGUUCAUAUGACAUAAUUUUCCCCAGUGGGCAAAAAUGAAGGCUACUUCUGCUUCAUUAACAAAUGUGUGAAAAUAGUGGAUCGGUUGUGGCUCUUCGAACAAGGACUCUUCUUAUACAGACACAUGCUUCAUCCUUAUGGGUUGUGAUAACUUGACCAACAGCAACGGGACUUUGCCUGCUAGGCUCCCUUACACUGUGCAGACUUCUGUGCCUCUGACAAUACUGGUGGGUAUCCUUAUUCUACUCACAGUGUUCGGCAAUGUCCUAGUGGUCAUCGCUGUGUUCACCAGCCGGGCCCUAAGAGCCCCUCAGAACUUGUUUUUAGUGUCCUUAGCAUGUGCAGACAUUUUAGUGGCCACUCUGGUAAUGCCCUUUUCUCUGGCUAAUGAACUGAUGGGAUAUUGGUACUUUGGUCAAGUGUGGUGUGAGAUCUACCUGGCCCUGGAUGUUCUGUUCUGCACCUCGUCCAUCACACAUCUGUGUGCCAUAAGUCUGGACAGAUACUGGUCGGUCACUCAAGCCAUUGAGUACAACUCAAAAAGGACACCACGCAGGAUCAAAUGUAUAGUGUUAUUCGUGUGGGUGCUGGCUGCCAUUAUAUCAUUCCCACCUCUCAUUUCGAUGGAGAAGGAAGGAGCCAAAGAGGAGGGUCCCACAUGUAAGAUCAAUGAGGAGAAGUGGUACAUCAUAUUCUCCAGCACCGCCUCAUUCUUCGCCCCAUGUGUGAUCAUGAUUCUGGUGUACGUUCGAAUUUACCAGGUUGCCAAGAAGAGAACCAGGGCCCCUCCGGGUGAGAGGAGAAGAGAAAACAAUAAUCCAGAGAAAAGUUUGUAUGGCUUAGUUCAGCAGGACCCUUUGGAGAGAGGGAACAAAGGAGGGAGAGAUGGAGUGGAGGAGGACGAGGAGAUCAAUGGACUAAAUAUGGAGGAAGAGUGCUCCUCGUCUGAUGGGAAUGAGAACCAGUGCUCCAUCAAAAUGAAGCGGAGCAAGGAAAAGACCAAAGUGUGUCAGGUGAAACUAGGAGAACCGUCCCCUAAAGGUGAUGAUGCACAGCAGUAUGUGAAAGUGAGCCGAUGGAAAGGAAGGCAGAACCGAGAAAAGCGCUUCACAUUUGUUCUGGCUGUGGUCAUGGGAGUGUUUGUUGUCUGCUGGUUCCCCUUCUUCUUCACGUACACACUCACCGCAAUAUGUGACUCCUGCUGUGUCCCUGAGUCAUUGUUCAAUUUCUUUUUCUGGUUCGGAUACUGCAAUAGCUCGCUGAAUCCAGUCAUAUACACUAUAUUCAACAAUGACUUCAAGAGGUCUUUCAAAAAGAUCCUUUGCAAAAGGGAUCGACGAGGGCCAUGAAUAAGCUUUUUUUGGACUAGCUACUAUUUCCUGUCUGAAUACAGAUUUCAUUGUUUACAAGUUGGAGUCAUGUACAGUCUCUUAUGGAAAGAAAAUGUACCUAUUUGGAAAAACUUCCCAACUUCACAAAAUGUUCCAUAUUCAGUUCUGUCCCACUGGGCACACACUGGUUGAAUCAAUGUUGUUUCAACGUAAUUUCAAUGAAAUGACGUAGAACCAAUUUGGAAUAUAUGUUAAAUUGACGUUUGUGCCCAGUGGGGUGCUGCAAGCAAACUGUGAUCAAUUUGUAAUGCAUCUGGUACUGUUUUUAUGUGUGUGUCAAUGUACAACAGUUUUGAGUUCAUUACAAUCUUUAAUCCCACUACAACCAUUUAGAUGUAUUUGACUUUGAAACUAAUGAAUGCCAUGUUGUUUAUUACUUCACGCAUGUUGUGAGGGAGCUGGCUAAUAUCUCCAUGGAUCUUGCUUAAUAAAAAUACAUUU